AUGCCCACCCCACGCCCCCCCACCCCCACCACCCACGCCCCCACCAGGCCAACGCCACGCCCCCCACCCCCACCAACGCCCACGCCCCUACCAGGCCCACGCCACGCCCCCACCACCAGGCCCACGCCACGCCCCCCACCAGGCCCACGCCACGCCCCCACCAGGCCAACGCCACGCCCCCACCAGGCCAACGCCACGCCCCCACCAGGCCCACGCCACGCCCCCCACCAGGCCCACGCCACGCCCCCACCAGGCCCACGCCACGCCCCCCCCACCAGGCCAACUGCCACGCCCCCACCAGGCCAACGCCACGCCCCGCACCAGGCCCACGCCACGCCCCCUACCAGGCCAACGCCACGCCCCCACCUGGCCAACGCCACGCCCCCCCACCAGGUCAACCCACGCCCCCACAUGCACGCCACGCCCCCACCAGCCAACGCACGCCCCCCACCAGGCCCACGCCACGCCCCCCACCAGGCCCACGCCACGCCCCUGCCACGCCCCCACCGGCCCACGCCACGCCCCCGCACCUGGCCAACGCCACGCCCCUACCAGGCCAACGCCACCCCCCACACCUGCUCACGCCACGCCCCCCCACCAAGCCCUGCCACGCCCCCACCAGACCCCACGCCACACCCCCCCUACCAGCCCACGCACGCCCCCCACUGCCCACCCACGCCCCCCACCAGCCCACGCCACGCCGCCCACCUGGCCAACUCCAACGCCCCUACCAGGCCAACGCCACGCCCUCCACCAGACCCACGCCACGCCCCCACCAGGCCCAGCCACGCCCCCCCCCCAGGCCCACUGCCACGCCCCCCACCAGGCCCACGCCACGCCCCCCACCAGGCCCACGUCACGCCCCCACCAGAGCCACGCCACGCCCCCACGACCCCCACCAUGCCCACGCCACGCCCCCACCAGGCCCAUGCCACGCCCUCCACCAGACCCACGAAACGCCCCCACCAGGCCCAGGCCACGCCCCCUACCAGGCCCAUGCCACGCCCUCCACCAGGCCCACGCCACGCCCCCCACCAGGCCCACGCCACGCCCCCACCAGGCCCACGCCACGCCCCCACCAGGCCCUGCCACGCCCCCCACCAGACCCACGCCACGCCCCCCACCAGCCAACGCCACGCCCCACCGCCCUGCCACGCCCCCCACCAGACCCACGCCACGCCCCCCACCAGGCCCUGCCACGCCCCCCACUAG